AUGAGAUUAAUAGAAAUCCCUGUCAAAGAUAGAGAAUCUAUCUGCUUUUUGAAGAACCCUGAUUUGCAGCCUAUUAAGGCAGAAAAACAAACACAGGGGUUUUGGUCCAAUUUUGCAUAUUCGAGGGUUAUGUCCUUCUCUGUGGGAGCCUGGAUUAGUGCCUCGUGUGCACUGUCCGAGGGACUGAGUUAUUCAGAGACUAUCGGUACGUUUAUUAUCGGUGAUGUGUUGACUAUCGUAUCCACCCUAGCCUACUCAUGUCCUGGUUACGACUGGAAGGUUGGUUACACGUUGGCUCAAAGAUUUGUCUUCGGUAUCAAUGGUUGCGCUUUCAGUAUUAUCAUCAACUAUGGUUCCAACGCUUGGUUGGGUGGUCUUUGUAUCAACAUGAUCUCAGAUUCCUGGUCUCAUCACUAUUUGCAUUUACGUAACACUUUGUUCCCCAGUGUCGCCAUGACUACUAAGGAGUUGAUCUCUUUCUUUGUUUACUGA